AUGAACAGAAUAUUCGGUUAUAAUAAUAAGAAGAGCCAGGAACAACUGCAGAAUGAGACUAAUAAGUCGAUGCAACAAGCUCAGGAUAAUCUGAAUAAAAGACAGUCGCAACUGGACACUGAAAUCUUGCAAUUAAACUAUGAGCUUACAAACCUGAACACAAAGAUUAAGAAUUCUAAGAAUAGCAUGACACAGACCACCUUGAGAUCAAAGGCUGUCAAAAUAUUGAAUAAGAGAAAGAAUCUGGAAAAUAUAAAGGACUCCCUAGACUCACAGAGUUGGAAUCUUCAACAAGCUCAGCUCACAAAUGAUAAUUUGACAAACACAAUGGUCACCGUCAAUGCUUUAAGACAAACUAAAAAAAUAUUGCAAACAAAUUACAAUAAGAUUAAUAUAGAAGAAAUUGAAGCUUUGCAAGAUGACUUGAAUGACAUCAUGGAGCAAAAUAAUGAACUCCAAGAUAUAUUGUCACAACAGAACGGUAUAUCUAACGAUUUCAAUGCAGAUUAUAUCGACGACUUAGAGUUAGAAGCAGAAUUAGAAGCAUUGGAAGAUAUCGAUACACAAGAUUUACUGAAUGAUAACAUGAACCUUAAUGACAACGAAUUGUCUAUGCCAUCUUAUUUGAAUACACAAGUGAAUAUUCCAAACUUCAUAGACGAUGAAAGUACAGCUCUACAAGAUAAUUCAACAGGGAUAAAAAACUUAGAAAAUGCAUAA